AUGUUAUCAUAUGACGAAUUUUGUACCAUUGGUACCGCGCUAAUCUUAAUCUCCUCAUCAUUCAUAAUGGGUACUUUUUUCAAUAAUUUAACCUAUGAUUAUCAUUUAUUAUUCAAUCCAAAUGUCACUCAAGAACAUUUUGACAAUGCCCUAAGACACUAUCAAACAUUAUAUUAUACCGGUAGACCAUUAUUAUAUAUCCUUGCUGGUGUCGCUAUCCUUGGCUUAUUAGGUAACAUGAUUAGAAUUUAUAAACCAAAUCCUGAAUUGAAAAUGUUCGAAUAUGCUUCUCUAGGGUUAUACGUUUUUGGUAUUUGUAUUUUCAUCACUAAUAUUAAGACUGGAAUUGAAUGUUCAUUGAAUGGUAAUUGGGGGGAAGUUACUCAAAAUCAAGGGUUAGCUGUCAUUGGAUCUUCUAAUAUCAUCUUAUUAUUGAUGUUCUUGGGUGUUUUGAUUUUACAAAUCGGAUUAUGGUAUACUAAUUAUGAUUAUCAAGAAAGAUUGAAGGAUUUUUAUGCUGAAGAAGCUAAGGAUAUUUCCAUUGUCGCUGCUUCAAGAGCUAAACCAAUUGAAACUGAAUCAAAGAAGCAACAAAAGAAAAAUAAAAAAUUAGCUAAAAAGAAUAAAUAA